CUCUUUCCUUCAUCCCCAUUCACUCUCACCUUUUUCUCUCUUUACCCCUUUCCGCUGUUUGACUGAAUCUCUCUCUUUCUACCUUUCCCGCUGUGUUGCCUUCCCUCCAGUUUUCAUUUAAAUUCAUAUCUUAGCCACGAUACUGCCGUAUCUGUUCUUAUUCUUUUUUUUUCAUUCAUUCAUAGAGGAUGAAUGUAGCAUGUCCUGCCUGUUUGUGUUAGUCCUAGUUAGAUACAAGAAAGGUCCCGCUCACUGUCCACAUUUGCAAUGUUUUCAUGUUGCAAAUGUGGAUAGCGUGUGGAAGCGUUCUUAUCUCCAACGUUGGUGACCUCAGGGGUUAGUCUAAGACUCUGGACUUUUUUGGAACCCAGUAUGAAAGGAGGUGUGCAACAAUUCUGCACAAAAGUCCUAGUUGGGCGGAGAUGAAGGCCUAACCAGUCCUGCUCACUCAGAAGGUUCCAAACUUUUCACACUUGGCCUCGGUAGAGCAGCCAUGUUCCUCUUAGCAGAGCUUUCAAUCCCAGCUUUAGGAAGUAAAAAACCCUGCCAUGCAAGGCAGGGACCAGAAACCCUUAACACCCUUCAGAAUGUUAAAAAAAAUGUCUGAAAGUGAGAACCUUGAAGCAAAAAAAACCCUUCCUUCUACAUCUGUGGCUUUUGUCACGUAUUUGUUGCCCAAAUCUACCUUCGCAUAUUAAUGAAUUAUCUUAUUUAAUCUGGACGGCUGAGGUGUAUUGGUUAGGGAGCUGGACUGUAGAUCAUAUGGUUGCAGGUUCAAUCCCCAUCCUUACUACUUCCUCCCUCCGUGGUUAAAGAGCCCUUGAGCAAGGCACCUAAGCUCACACUGCUCCAGUGACUGUAACCAAUACCCUGUCAAAAAUCAACAUUGAGCAUUUUGGCCCUGAGCAUUUUCUUUUCACAAUUGAUAUUGUUCCAGGCUUUUUUUUCAGGGCUGGAGAAGUGUCAUUCAUAGUGACUGAUGGCAAACGUCAAAUAUAUCAAGUAAUUUCAGGCUUAGAAUCAUUGCUUCUCUUUCCACUUUACUGCAUAUUCUUCAAAAAUAGGCUGUUUAAUCCCUUUCCCCAUUUGGUUAUGUGAAAGUGCAUUUAGUGUUGGCAAUGCAUAACAUAUGGAACACAUUUCAAAGUGAAAGUAGUUUGACAAACAGACAAGCAGAUCACACCAGUCAGCUGUCCUAUGGGAUCCUUUUUCAUCAGGCGGCAUCCUCCGAUUUCCUUGUUUGACAAGUUUUGUCUUUCUUUUCUCUUGAAGACGAAGAAGGAAGACAACUGAACCGGUGUUGUCAGUUCAGUCAAAUAGCUUUUACUCCCAGACAAACAUCCUUUCCAUUUGCACCUCCAGUCCACAGUAGUCUCAGGAGUGUACAUAACUGACGGGAGGUGUGGGUAGGCGGGAUUUUUUUUUUGGCUGGCCUUUCUGUAAACUUGAUUGGCUGUCACUCACCGUCUUGUGUCAAUAGUCGCGACAUUGGCCGAGACUUGCCCUGGUUGUCGCGCUAGUCUUUGCACGGUCGCGCAGACUGCAAGAGGUGUCUCGGGGGGGCAAUGGAUCACCAAGACACGCCACGCAUGCCGUCAUGAUUCUUCUCGCCUCAACCAACAUUGAAAACUAGCAGUCAGCUCGUUUUUUUUCUUCUCCUUUUUUGUCAUUCUGUCUUUCUUUUUUUUUGCCUUUCGCAGGAAGGCAUUUGAGCAAUAGGUUGUCGACCCCGCUCGAUCACUGCGGCGGCUGUAUUGUGUAAUGACUAUGUAACGCGUUGCUUUGGUCACUUGAGUUAUUUUUAACCUAAAAAAAAGGACUGACGGUUGCAUGGAAUCGCUGCUGGCUGCGGCUGCUGCUUUUUUUCUCACAACUUGGACUAUAGAGUCAACUCCAAAAGCGUGACAGUCUGGCUUCAUGAAGGUGACAGGAGAGUUUGAAGGUGGCAGAGUGACUCCCCUGGGGGCUUCUCUGGAUGAACAGAGUAGCACACCAACGAAGGGGGUCUCCAGAAAUGGCUGUAGCUUUGAAGACGACCUGUCUCUGGGAGCCGAGGCCAACCACCUCCAGCUCAACGGCACCAAAGCAGAGGUCCCCUGCUAUGCGGUGGCAGCCAAGGAGAAGCGCAGUCAGUUCAAGCAGAAGGGGAGGAGCAUGAACUCCACCGGCUCAGGCAGGAGCAACACCACCGUGUCCAGCGGCCUGUCUUCGUCUCUCAGCGUGUCGGAGCUGCUGGAUCUGUAUGAGGAGGACCCGGAGGAGGUCCUCUACAACCUGGGCUUCGGCCGCGAGGAGCCCAACAUCUCGGCCAAGGUGCCCUCCCGCUUCUUCAAUGGCUCCUCGGGGGCGCGCGGCAUUGACAUCAAGGUCUACCUGAACGCCCAGCUGCAGCGCAUGGAGCUGGAGAACCCCAACUACGCACUCACAAGUCGCUUCCGGCAGAUCGAGGUGCUGACCACGGUGGCCAACGCCUUCUCGUCACUCUACUCCCAGGUGUCGGGCCUGCCGGUGCAGAAGAUCGGUAACCCCAGCCUGGACGCGGGCGGAGCCGCAGCAGCAUCAGCAGGAGAGGCUGGUGGUGGUGGUGGCGAUAGUUCACCCGAGGACAAAGACAAAAGCGGGGCUGCCAAGGAGCACGCUCCGAUAGCCCGCACCCCCUCGAACUCCACCCUCAACGCCGUCAAGAUCCUCAAGAAACGCGUCACGCGCCACAACCUCUUCGCCGGCGCAUCGCCUGAGGGCGGGGGUGGGAGUCUAGUAGAGGGUGGUGGCGGCGGCGGCGGUGGUGGUGGUGCUGCUGCUGCUGCUGCUGCGGUCACCAUGACAACGAACUCUGACCCCAGCAGCCUGGGUGUUGACGUCGGUGUGGGAGCCGGUACUGGUACUGCGGAAGACCCAAGCAGCCCCGUUGACCUGAAGCCUCAGAAGGUGUUCAGGAAGAAGGACUCGCCACCCUUGGCCACCGUCACAGAGGAGGGGCUACUGGGGAGUACAGAGAGCUCCUGCAGCAAUGGAGAAGCUCCGCACUCCACCACCGCUGGCCUCGCGGCUAAACCUGCAACACACACUAGCGGAGAGGGACAGGAGGAGCAAGGCCAAGCACAGCCCCAGACUAUGGAGCUUCCAGAGGGAUGCGUGGUGGAGGGAAGCCUGGUGGUGGUGGGCCUGGAGUCCCCGGUGCGGGUGAGCAUCAGCGGGGUGUCCGAGGAGAGCGGCGGGGGUCCCCUGGAGGAGGAGCAGGAGGAGGUUCUCCAGAAGGCCAUCACCUCCACGCCAGACAAGGAGCCCAGCAGCAACCUGCUCCCCAACCCCCUCCUCGAGCACCUCCGCACCUCCCCACAGGCCCGCGAGUCCUUUGAGAUGGACGAGCUGCAGGAAGACGAGCCUGGCACUCGCAGCACUUCUCGAGCUGGCAGCGAGCUCCUCAGGACAGCCAGCCAGCAGUCGGACAGCAGUGGCUUUGCUGAAGACCCCUCCACUGACUGCUCCGCUAACUACUUGAAGGUCCAGGAGAGCUCGGACAGCUGUGACAGCGAGACCACGGUGACGUCCCACGCUGGUGACGCCACCACGCCUCUGGCCACCGACACCCCCACCUCCACCUUCGACCUGGACACCCCGGCCUUGCUGGAGACCCACAGCGAGGAGGUGGAGGAGGAGGAGGAGCAGGAGCGGCUAGCUGAGAAGCAGAAGGAGGAGCUUGAACGAGGAGAGGAGGAGGAGGAGGAGGAGGAGGUGGUGUUGGAGGUACCUGGCUACAACGUCCACCAGUUCUCCAGGCUAGCUGAAACUAAAGAACUUGAACUGUCUGUCCCUCUAGAAGCUCCGUCUCCAGCCAACAAGCUGGGCUCCGCAACGGACCCCAGCUCAAGUGCAGAAAAGGAGGCCACUGAAGCUGGGCUUGUGGGCGAGUCGACGUCAGGCUCCACUAAGGACUCGAACUCUGGAGGUCUGGAGAAGGAGAAGGGGGAGAGCACGAUGCAACAGCCCAGCCCUGAAGCCUCUUCAGCGGAUGGUGAGGUGAGAGGCAUGGGUCGCCUCAACCCGUCUGACCGGGUCCGCACAGCGCUGCACCGGGCCAAGGAACGCUCAGUUUCGGUGUGCGACGACCGGGUCGGUGGUGGUGGCGACGGAGGCGUCCAGAGCCCAGGGUCCAGGGCCCAGGAGCUGCGGAAGGCCCGUCUGAGCCGGGCCCCCUUGCAGAAGUCCCACUCGCUGCCCACCUCCCUGCUCACGCCGUCCCGCGUGGUCUCGUCCCUGCGCAUCCAGCUGGGCCACGGUUCGAUCCGGCACUGCACCACGCCCACCUUCUCCUACCGCUACACCGCGGACGCGGAGGGGGCCAUGGAGGUGUGCUCCAUCAAGGAGGAAGGGUGCAGCGAUGAAGAGGAGGAGGACGUAGAGGUAGAGGAGGAGGGGGGAGAGGAAGGCAGGCAAGCCAGCUCUCGUCAAUCCACCCUUGUCAUUAACGCACGUGGUGGACCGCCCGACCAGGUGUCUGGGUCUGGCGUGCCGGAUAUGCCCUUCAGCCGGAUUCGCCCGUACCCGCCGUCCAUGCCCGGUCACCUGACCAUGUCCACUACAUCCCUCUACAGCGGUACCCCCCACCAACACCACCAGCAGCACGACUGGUCCCCCCUCCACCGGCCCCUGAGUGAGGGGGGAGGCUGGAGCAGCGUGCCCAACCUUACCAUGACCCCCCAGGGCCAUCAUCAUCAUCACCAUCACCACCCCCACGCCCCGUCUCCCUCACCCCUCCACGGACUACAGCACCUGCAGCACAACGCGCCGCCCCAGUUCCAGUUCCGUUCGCCGUACCCCAACACCACCAUCCCCGGCACCGGUCUGCUCGGGUCGCCCCACGCCAGCCUCAACUCGUCCUUCAACAGCGCCCUCGCCCCCCCGACCCCAGCCAGCUGCCUCACUACCCCCUCCCCCACGCCCCUCUUCUUCUCUCCUCCCCAGAGCGCCUACUUUACGCCUCCGCAGAGCGCCGGGAUGUUCCAGAACAACAGCAACAACGCCGCCGCCGCCUCCGCCAGCGCCCUCUACGGGCAGAUGCAUGGCAUGGCGUCCCCUUACGGCUCUCUAUUCCACUCUCAGCAACAUCAGCAGCAGCAGCAGCAGCAGCAGCAGCAGCAGCAGCAGAUGCCCCAACCACAGCAAUACCAGCAGCAGCAGUACCAGCAGCAGCAGAUGCCCCAACCACAGCAGCAACAGCAGCAGCCUCAAACCGCCCAGCCUGACGGGCGCUUCGGUUCCCCAGUGCCUUCCUACAGCCCCCUGGUGCACCCCCACAGCGCCCCCUACAGUAUGCAGCAAUACAGCACACCGCCCCCCGGCGUCCUCGGUCAGCCCUACCCCCAUCACCCCCACCCACAGUACUCGGGGCCGCCUUACUUCCCCUUCCCCCAGCAGAUGGCGCCGCACCCCUUGGUCCACACCCCCUCGCCGCCGCAGGCCCCCUCCAGCACCGAGAUGCAGCUCCGGAGGGUGCUGCACGAGAUCCGCGGUACCGUGCAGAACCUGGCCCAGAGCUCUACACCGUGUUUUGGGGACAAUCCCCCCGAUGCCUUCAGUCCACAGAGGUCUGUCCAGUCGUUAUACGAGGAGCUGCAGGUGAGGAAGAGGAGUCUGGCGGUGUUCCGUACCCAGAUGAUGGAUCUGGAGCUGGCCCUGAUGAGGCAACAAUCCCAGGUCUACCAGCACCUGAAUCAGGACGAGAGACUGGAGGCUGAGCAGCUGCAGGGUCUGCGUGGUGCGGUGCGGCAGGAGCUGCAGGAGUUGGAGCUGCAGGUGGAGGAUCGGCUCCUCACACUCAACGAGCAGCUCCGCACCGCUCCCAACCCGGCCUUCUACCGCCACCCUAUGGCCAUGCUACGGGGUCAGAGCCUGGACAGCCUGUCCAACGCCUCAGCACUCGAGCCGGUGUCUGAGCUGUUGCGAGAGCAGCUGUACCUGCAGUCUGAGCUGGGCUACGAGGGCGGCCUGAGCCGGGCCACCACCCCGCUCUCCUCCUCCGGACGCUCCUCCGGCACCGCCAGCCCCAGCAGGGGCGUCUCCUCCUCCUUCUCCUCCAGCAGACCCCCACCACACACCUCCUCCUCUUCCUCCCCCCAGAGAGGAGCCCUGUACCGGGCAUCGGUCAACCUCACCCCGGCCGCACCUCCACGGCCCGGCCAGGAGGCAUCAUCCUUCUUCGCACAAGAGGCCGAGGUGGUGGAGGGAGGACAGCAGAUGGGGGAGGAGGAGGUGGAGGGAGGAGGAGGUGGGAGUGUGGGGUGGUGCUCCUCCACCUCCACAGGCGGGGAGCAAGGGAGCCAGGCAGCUAUCAACCCUCACCUGCUGGAGGAGAGAGGGCAGGAUGGAGGACAAGGAGCAGGAGGAGGAGCAGGAGGAGGAGGGAGAUCUGUGACGGAAAGAGCAGUGGAGAAUCCACACCUGCAACAGCUGAUCAAAGAGAUCAAAGACAGCAUUGCGGAUGAGAUCCGCCAGGAGAUCGUGAGCGAGCUGUUGGCCGCGGUGGGUCCCCGGAGGACUGCUACCCCUUCCAGGGAGCAGCAGCAGCAGCAGCAGCCUUGAGCCGCCCAACACAACACCGGCUCUUUUGGGAGCAAGAGAGAGAUGAAGCGGAGAGAAAAUGGGAGGAGGAAACGUACACAAAAACUGUGCUGAUCACUGUGGAAGCCUGCACUGAAAAGGAGAUCGAUCUACAGCACCAGCCCAGCCAGUCCAGCUCCAGCUCCAACCAUCACCACAACCAAACCUUCCACCACCCAGGGCCUCUGACAGCUUUGGCUGGGCCCGGGACAAAGACGACACAUGAAGGGACCCCAAACCCAAUACAUACAGUGUAAUGAGAAUCCAAUUCUGGGCCCCCUCUCUCCCUGGGCCUGGGACAAGUGACCCCUUUUUCCUCCCUACCGGCUUCCCUGCCACCACCAAAUACACCACCUCUCAAUGUUAAGUCCAUCCCCUGCUGCUUCAUAAUAGGGUGGUGUUGUGGCCACUUGUGUGUCUGUUGCCCUUUUCUGUGGCCACUGUCUAUCCGGCAGAGAGGCCGCUUCAAAAAAUAGACAUACAUGAAUGUUCAUGAUGGAAACUAAUUAAUAAAAUGACUUAAAUGCCAUGCCAAUUUCCCACAUGGCUACUACCAGUUCUGUCCAGUUCCAACCAUCACCGCCACCUCCAAACCUUCACCCUGCCUGAUCCUGAUGUCCUGGCAGUCUGGGGAACACAGGACACACAAGCCUCCCCCUCCUCCACCAUGAGCCAAUACUGGCCAAAUGAGUACGACGAUAAUGAGCACUUAUUUUGGCCAAAAGAAAAAAACACUGCCUAUCUUGUUUCACUUUGGGAACUUUGACCAACGACUCCACACACAACACAUACACAUUGCCACUCCUAGGUGGGGGUGGGAGACUGGGAGAGUGUUGAAGGGUUUUGGUCGGGGGAGAGACUCAUAAGGUAGAAGUGAAUGGGAAUGGCACGGUGUGCUGUACUGGCUGGCUGCAUUUGAAGGUACAAUCGCAAAUGUGGAUGCCUUUGUGGGGACAUGCUAAAAGUAAGUGCUGUUGGUCAUAUUGCAUGUCCGUCUGUCGAAAGGUGAACAAGUUCGAAGAGACUAUAUGGAUGGCCUUAAAAGGUAUGAAUUGUACACUGUAUGCGUGUUUGCAUUUGUGUUUGUGUGUGAGUGAAUGAAGUGUCUUGUCUGGAUACAUGCUUGAAACUACUGUAUGUCUGUGUUUCUAUCCAUGUACUAAAUGUCUCUCUACUGUAUAAAGACCAACACCUCCUUUCUCCUUCACAUCUUCUAAUGCAACCUCUGUGAGGAACUAACUGUGCAAUACAUUUCACUUUGCGACUUGAAAUCGACCAAUAGCGACUACUGUUCUUUAGGUGUGCCACUUCUGAAGGCUCUCCUCAGCCUUGUCCGCCACUAAAGGCUAUAUUUAUGUCUUCAAUCUAUCACACGCGCCCCUAACAAGGACAAAGAACUAAAGUAGCCUCGAGCACAUUUCUAAAUACGUUUUGCCUCUGUAGACACAGCACUACUACUUCAGGUUCUUGUUUUUUUUUUAAUAAUGUUUGACACAGAUGAACUAGUGCUAAGUGUUGGGAUGUGGGAUACACGUAAUUAAUUAGCCCUCACUCUAGCCUUAGCAAGGGAGAGACACCACAGCUAUUGUUGUUUCACUGUUAUCGAUUUUGUCAUUGUCGCUGUUUGUUAUUUUUUUUGUCGUUAAUUGAGCAAUGAGUUAAUACUAAUUUGAUUUGCGAUACCUGUCCUUCUGUCUGUGGUUUAUGUGCUACUUUUGUUUGAAAGGGACUUGCUAACGUGUCACCUUUUUUGGGAUGCAUGAGGGAUGUUGUCUAAAGCAAAUCAUUAAUAAAGAUUUAUUUAUUUUGAGUAAA